AUGGCAGCUCCCGUUGUUCUCAUUCUCGGCGCCGGUCCCAGAAUUGGUGCCUCCGUCGCAGAAAACUUCGCCAGUAAAGGCUACAAAGUGGCUGUCGCAUCUCGCAAGGGAGAGAACAAGAUCAACGAGAAGGGCUACCUUUCCAUCAAAGCAGACUUUACCAAUCCCGAGUCAAUCCCAGCCGUCUUUGAAGCUGUCAAGGCUGAGUUUCAAACCGCGCCUAGCGUUGUUGUGUACAAUGCAGCGACUCUCACUCCUCCCCCGGUUCAGGACUCUGUGCUGUCGAUUCCGUCUGAGCGGGUAACUGGCGAUCUAAUCGUCAAUACCGUUAGCCCGUACGUUGCGGCACAGCAGGCUCUCGCUGCUUGGGAGAGUUUACCCAAGGAGGCUAAGAAGACCUUCAUAUAUACUGGAAACGCCUUGAGUAGCAACAUUAUCCCCAUCCCGAUGAUGUUGAAUUUGGGUGUUGGAAAGUCCGCUUCAUCCUUUUGGGUUGGUGUUGCUGAUGCAUUGUACUCUGCUAAGGGAAUUCGAUUCUUCUAUGCUGACGAACGUCACGAAGACGGCAAGUUUAAGGGCAUGGCAGUCGAUGGCCCUGCGCAUGGUGAGUUUUAUCCACAGCUGGCAAGCAACGACGGUGGUGUUCCAUGGCACGCCACGUUCAUCAAGGGCAAGGGCUAUGUUAAGUUUUAG